AUGCCUACUUACGAUGGGUCUAGUGAUCCUAGUGAUCAUUUAAUGGGAUUCCAAGCCAAAAUGCUGAUAGUUGGAGCUAAGGAUCCUAUGUAUUGCCGUGUAUUUGUCUCUACAUUAGAGGGAAUAGCUCGGGAUUGGUUCAUUUCUUUGCUUCAUGGAUCAGUAAGUACCUUUGAAGAUCUAGCCAAUCAGUUCCUUACCCGUUUCGCUGGUAGCAUGCGAGCUAGGAAACACUUUACCGAUCUUACUGAGGUAAAUCAAGGGGAAUACGAGAGUUUAAAAGACUACAUCAAGCGGUGGAAAAAAGAGAUACAGGCGGUGGACGGGAUAGAUGAUAAAUCUGCUUUAAUGAUGUUUAUGCGCUCACUCCGAUCAGGUAAAUUAUUGGAAGAUUUGCGGAAUAAUACUCCUGAUACUUAUGCUCAAGCUAUCCAGUGGGCUAAUCGAUAUGCCGAAACUGAGCAAGCUCUGAAAUUAAAGAAGAAGCAGGAAGGAGGGUCGUCGUCCAAACGACCUCGGGAAGAAAUUGAGCAGCGUCCAAGGGACCGCCCGAUUGGAGGGGACAAAAGGCGAAACGGAUUGGAGAGGCCAUCUGGUUUCCAACUUGGUGGGACUCGAACACAAGGUACUUUACCCUUACAUGAAGUACAUCAAGUUGGCCAUAUUGAUGCUCCUACACUCCCGCCUUUGCCGCCUGUCCACAAUCUACCACGUUUUCCCAACAAUGCGAAAUAUUGUCAAUAUCACCGACGAUCUGGGCAUUCCACGGAGGAGUGUACAACGCUACAAAGGGAAAUAGAGAGUCUGAUUCAGAAAGGCCGGCCAUUUGAUCGACCGACGAACCAAUCGCGUCGACCGCCGCUAACGGGGCAUGACACGGCUUCGCCUUCAGAUAAACAAACAAUUCCUACUCCAGAUGAUCGAGGAAAACGACCAGUGGAGGAAGAAGAAGGCCGGGAGGAGCAGAAUUGGAAACACAGCAAACUAGUGAUCAAUAUAAUUUAUGGCGGUCCGGAAGGUGGCGAUUCGGCUCGGGAAAGGAAACAAUGGGGUAGACAGCUUUAUGUAGGGGCAAUUCAACAUGCAGUCGCCCCAAAGAAGCCUAGAAGGGACCCGAUCAUUUUCACGGAUGAUGAUAUAUCGCAUGGAACGGUCCCGCACCGAGAUGCUCUGAUGAUAGCCAUAGAUAUAAAAGGAACAGUCGUUCGGCGAGUGUUUGUGGACACAGGAAGCAGUGUAAAUGUGAUGUAUGCAGAUACUUUCAAUAAGCUUGGUUUAGACCAAACGAAACUCCUACCAGUUAGGACCCCGUUGGCUGGGUUCACCGGUGAUAGCAUUGAAGCUGAAGGACACAUCGUUUUACCUGUCGAGAUCGGACAAUACCCUAGGGUGCGAAAGCUGGACAUGGAAUUUGUAGUGGUCAAAUUGACCUCCACUCAUAAUAUCAUCUUGGGUCGUCCGGGCUUGGAAGACCUAGGAGCAGUCGUGUCACUCGAACACCUCUGCUUGAAGUUCAGAACGCCUGAAGGAGUUGGAGUUGCAAGAUGCGAUCAGCGGAUAGCUCGGUCUUGCUAUCUUAAAGCCUGUCGUUCGAUUGGGGAAAAAGACAUGCGAAUCCAUACCAUCGCAGAAAAAGCCAAGCAGAAGGAAUUAGUUGAAUGGCCGGAGCCUGCCGUUGAGUUAGAAGAAGUCGUCUUGGAGAUUGCCCACCCAGACAGGACAGUGAGGUUAGGCCUCGGGCUAACCAAGGAGGUUAGAGAAUCCAUUUUGCAAGUAUUAAGGGAGUACAAGAUGAUAUUCGCAUGGGGGCCGAAAGACAUGCCCGGGAUUGACCGAUCAGUGAUUACACACCGAUUAGCCGUCAGCCCAGCAGCUCGACCUGUGGUUCAGAGGAAAAGGUUUCUAGCCACAGAAAGACGUGAAUUUGUGAAGAAAGAAGUAGCAACCCUACUCAAGAUCGGCCAUAUCCGGGAGGUUAAAUAUCCAACAUGGUUAGCCAAUGUGGUGUUGGUUCCGAAGCCUCCAACAAGGAGAAUGUGCGUGGACUACACCGACUUAAACAAGGCAUGUCCCAAGGACCCUUUUCCCCUUCCGAGGAUAGAUUUGUUGGUUGACCAGACCGCCGGAUGUGCCCUACUCAGGUUUAUGGACGCUUUUCGUGGCUAUCACUAA